AUGAGCAAACCACCAAAAGUACACCCUACCAAACCAAACACCGGUUUCCAAGUAACCAAACCGAUCGACGUCCCCAAUACCUUGCCUUGCAAGAAACUCCUCCUUCAACACGACUUCGGCUCCACCAGUAGCCAGACCGGUAACCACUCAUCGGUCACUAUCAACUACGCUCCCCCUAGCUCUUCACAUUGUGCUUCCACCAAUUUCUCCAAGAUCGUCCUGGAAUGGAAUGGAGCCUGCAACUGGACACAGAUAGACACGGUCUUCGGAGUCUGGCUUGGAGGCGUGGAGAUCCUCCGGAGCUCACCCGCGCAGGGGGUCAACACAUCGGUUGCUUGGACAGCAAGUAAGGACGUCACGAGGUACUCUUCCUUGCUUCUCAAGAAAGAGGCGCAGGAGCUUGUUGUUUCCUUUCGCCAUCCUGUUAGCCAAGAUGCUAGAGUCUAUCGCAUCACAAUGUUCAUCUUAUUUUAUCCUACGGAUAAUCGCAAGAAUAAUCCACCCAACAACAUGAUCGAUUUGGGAUUCGGAAGUGAGUCCAAGGCCGAUCUCAUACUACCCAUUUCAGGGGAUCUCAAAUCGAAAGAUGGGUUUUGGUUUCAAAUUGAGAACUCGACCGAUGUGAAGCUGGCGAGCUUCGAGAUUCCUCGGAAUGCUUACAGGGCAGUGCUAGAGGUUUAUGUGUCGGCUCACAAUGUCGACGAGGCCUGGUACUGGAACUAUCCGACGGAAUAUUACAACAUUGACCAUCUUGACGACGAGCCAGGGGAUGGUCCUUUCAGAGAUGUGGUCAUCAACCUCGACGAUGACAGAGUAGGUGCAAUCUGGCCGUUUCCAGUGAUCUACGAUGCAUUGGACAACAUAUUCAACCCUGUCGCCAGCACUCGCUCCUUCGAUCUCCCUUCCUACGACUUCGAAUUGACCCCGUUUCUAGGCAAUCUCCUAGAUGGAGGGGUGCACAAUUUCAGUUUCAGCAUCGGGAACGCGAUCAAUGUAUGGUACGUCGGUGCAAACUUGCACCUCUGGCUGGACCGGAAAAGCCAGAGGACGAAGGGGAAGCUCGUUUCAAGCUUCGACCAACGACUCAAUUUCACAUCAAUGUUGAGGAUGCAGGUGCCGCUUGGGGAAUCAUGGAUUGAAGCUCAUAGGAUGACAUCUUCACAAGGUUGGGUCCAAUCCUCAUACGGAAACAUCACUACUCGUGUCAACCAGAACCUGUCCUACACCAAUUACAUGGACCAGAAGCUCGGCGCUGCCACUGUGCAGCAACUGAUUCUGUCGAACGACAGCGUCUCGUUCGCGACCAGUGAUGACGACAAUCGAUACUCGUUCGAGUCUGCGAAGAACUUCAGCCUGGCGAUGAAGCGGCAAGUACGGAUUCUGGAAGGAAAAGGAAACGCCAUCAACACGCUCGACCUGACCACGGGGUACGUCGAUAAGAAAACAUACAAGAAAUCGAAAUCGCGUUCCGAUUUCAAGACUAGCACAUUGGAAGAUCAGCAGCGUGGCAGCAGCGUUUGGGCGAUCGACAACUACACUUGGAAUGCUGCAUCACAAGGGUUGAAGCAGUCAUACAAGUACCGGAGCGUGGAUGGCAAUGGCAAGGUGUGUUAUUUUAGGAAGAUUGGUAGCGCGAAUGCCACCAUCGUCCAUGACAAUGAAGGAGUCAAGUGCUGA